AUGGUGGAAGAUCUAGCAGAUCUGCCGCACACAAAAUCACUAGCUCAAUCUAGAAAUUGAUUCCUAAAUACAGGUGUGUUUGAUCCAUUCUCAGCAAGGAGCAACUUGUCCCAUAUACUGAACAUGAUGGACCGAUUCACGGAAUCACCUGUUUAUGCCUCCGCCUUUCGCCGGAGCUGGGAAGCAAAGGAAACCGGCGAAGGUCUCCACCUUCGAAUAGAUAUGCCUGGAUUGGGGAAAGAAGAUGUGAAGGUUUCUGUAGAGCAGAACACACUUGUAAUCAAGGGUGAGGGCAAGAAGGAAUCCGAGGAAGAUGGAUCUGGCCGGAGAUACACCGGCAGAAUCGAUCUACCGGAGAGAACCUACAGGACAGACGGUAUCAAGGCGGAGAUGAAGAAUGGAGUUCUUAAAGUAUUCCUUCCUAGAAUCAAGGAAGAAGAGAGGACUGAUGUUUUCCAAGUUAAUGUUGAGUGAUGCUUUUGGUUUAUGUUGUUUGGGUUUACCACUAAUUGCAAUUAGUAGGAUUUGAACUGUUAAUUAACAUGAAAAUUAUAU